AUGCCUUCAAUUUUCUCCGGAUUAUACGAUCUAUUACAGGCCGUGAGGGGUAUAAACAGCACUUUCCUCACAGACCAACACGUCCCGGGCACCAAUCUAACCGACAAAUGGAUUAUCAUAUCCGGAUCCAACAACGGCGUCGGCUUCGAAGCGGCAAAAUCCUUCGCAUCAUGGGGCGCAAACCUAAUCCUCGCCUGUCGCGAGCCACCCACAUGGGAACAGCAUCCAACAGCCGCCGUGAACGAAUGUAAAAACCUCGCCGCGGCGCACGGCCAUUCAUCCACCAUCGAAUGGUGGCAGAUCGACAUGGCAGAUCUCAGUAGCGUCGACGCUUUCUGUCAAAGAUGGCUGCAAUGCGACCGCGCUUUGCAUAUCCUAUGCAACAACGCCGGCAUUGCAGAGUCGACCAUGCAAACCCGUAUAACGAAAGAUGGGUUCCAGCUGGUUCAUCAGGUCCGUUUCCCUAUUUCUCUUGUUGAAUUUAACUCCUGGUACAUACGGACAGACAUUGAUGAAAUCGCCCAGGUCAACUUCUUAUCCCAUGUACUGCUGACCCUUCGACUCUUACCAUCUCUCGCUCGCAGCGCCGAGCCAAGAAUUAUCUGCACGACCUCGUGCUACCACCAUCUAGGAGUCUUCGAUCUAGACCGCGUUAAUGGUAAACUAAGCUGGAAGGGCAACGAUUAUCAGAAUAAUAAGCUCUACUUCCAAACGUGGGUUGCAGAGAUGCAGUCAAGACUCCUCAAACACCCCGAGUACAUCCACAUCACAAUCAACGGCGUCCAUCCCGGCUUUGUGGCUUCGGGUAUAUGGGACGGUCUUGAGGAUGCGGGUAAGGCCCCGGGCGGACUGGGCUGGCUUUUGCGAUAUGUUGCUAUCACGUCGCAGCAGGGUGGAUUGGCUGUUGCCCAUGCAGCCACUGGCUUGGAGUUUGGGCCAGAUCCUAAGAAGCAGGGUGUCGGUGCGGAGAAUGGGCGUGGUGGAGGGAAAUAUAUCAAUCGGAUAUGGGAAGCGCCUGCAAAAUCUUAUUGUAAUGAUCCAGAGGCUAGGUCGAGAUUAUGGACCAAACUGGAUGAGGAGCUUGGUUUACAAGAGAAGGGGCUUCUGGCGGUUUUGGGUCUUUAA